CACUUAUCGGACAUAUUUUACGUGAAGCAGCUAUCAUUGCGCUUUCGGCGAUGUUUUCUGAUAUGUAGAAGAAAGAUUUUCUUAAGACGAGAAGAAAAAUGUGUCAUUAGAUGUGUGAGCUAACAUUUCGUUAUAAUAAGGGGAAAAAAAUGCAGGUUUUUUUGUUCUCUGGAUUUUAACGGAAUUUAAGGUUUCACGUAUGUAACAGCGCGGUGCAAAGGAGCAGAUAUACACAAAUAUGGGUGGCAAUUAAAUAUCUUAGGACAAAAAGCAAAGGUCACAAUGUUUACAUCUUUAAAAGGCGCAGCCGAGCUCUGGGAGGUGCUGUGAUCUGUCCGCACUCCUUUACGCGUGAUUGGAAAACUUGACAGUGAUUGACAGGCAUCCAUGGCAACCACGCAACCAAUCUGCCAAGUCCAAUAGAAAAUCAGCAGAGGGCUGCAUGUCUUUUUUCCCCCUCAAAAAACAUCUCGCCCUAGUUGUAUGCUCUCGUACUUUCAAGCCACCAAGUUCACCCACCGAGGCUGCCAUAGUCAGCCAGAGGGCAUCGUUCCUCGCUGUUUUUAACGGUUGAUCUGCUAACUUUGAGGUUGUCUUUUUGUCUGGAUCCGAAGGGAAGAGACGAGGGUAAGCGAGUGAGAGAGUGUAUGAGUGAGAGAGGAAGAGGGGAAAGAAGAAGCCUCCAUGUUUCAGCUACCCAUCUUGAAUUUUAGCCCCCAGCAAGUAGCGGGGGUUUGCGAGACUUUAGAGGAAAGCGGAGACAUCGAGCGUCUCGGCCGCUUCCUCUGGUCUCUACCCGUCGCUCCCGCAGCCUGCGAGGUCCUCAACAAGAAUGAGUCGGUGCUCAGAGCGCGGGCCAUCGUGGCUUUCCACACCGGGAAUUUCCGAGAGCUCUACCACAUCCUGGAAAACCACAAGUUCACCAAAGAGUCCCACUCCAAAUUACAGGCCCUUUGGCUGGAGGCGCAUUACCAGGAGGCUGAGAAGCUGCGGGGCCGCCCGCUCGGACCGGUGGACAAAUAUAGGGUGAGGAAGAAGUUCCCUUUACCCAGGACGAUUUGGGACGGGGAGCAAAAGACACACUGCUUCAAGGAGAGGACCCGACAUUUGCUUAGAGAGUGGUACCUACAAGACCCUUAUCCAAACCCUAGCAAAAAGAGGGAGCUUGCGCAGGCUACGGGACUUACACCCACACAAGUGGGAAACUGGUUCAAAAACCGCAGACAAAGGGACCGGGCUGCUGCAGCCAAAAACAGACUACAACAGCAGGUUCUGUCCCAAGGUUCGGUUCGAUCUCUAGCAGAGGACGACGGCGCAGUGGACCGACUCGGCACCGCAUCCAGCCCCGAAGCUAGUCUGUCCAGCAAAGCCGCCGCCUCAGCCAUCUCCAUCACUUCCAGCGACAGCGAAUGUGACAUCUAACAGCGCCCGAAGGAAGCUUUCGUAGUAAAACUGAGCAGAAAGAGCGAGGGAAAAUCAAGACAGACAAUCUAACAAAACAUUUCAAUAACAGUGCCUGCUUUCAGAUGUAUAAAAGGUGUUCAUAUUUUAAGGCUACCAAAUCGCGAGGAGUAUGAGGGAAUGCCUCAUAUUUUUUUUUCUCCUGAUUAUUUUAACGGAUAACGGACGAAACAAAAUUUCAAGAUUAAAAAAAAAAAAAAAAAAGAA